CCAACAUGGCGGCGCCCAGCGAGGGCCGCGCGGGUCGGGGCUCCGCGCCCUUCCCGGGCACCGACAGCGGCUCCUUCCCCUUCCCCUUCCCCGCCCCGCACGGCUCGGCUGGAGAGCCACCCAAGAAGCCAUGCCGAGCCUGCACGGAUUUCAAGAGCUGGCUCCGCGAGCAGAGGAAGCAGGCGGCCCCGGGCAGCGCGGACGUGGCUGUCACUGAGGAGAAGGAGCCCCCUCCGGACUGUCCCCUGGACAGCGAGCAGCUGGGCCGCAGCACCUGGGCCUUCCUGCACACCAUGGCUGCCUACUACCCCGAGCGGCCCUCGGGGGCACAGCAGAGGGAGAUGAGGGACUUCAUCAACCUCUUCUCCAAGUUCUACCCCUGCGAGCACUGCGCUGAGGACCUGAGGGAAAGGUUACAGACAAACCAGCCUGAUACCAGCACCAGGAGUAACUUCUCCCAGUGGCUGUGCCUGCUCCACAAUGAAGUGAACAGGAAGCUGGGCAAGGCAGAAUUCGACUGUUCCCGCGUGGAUGAGCGCUGGAGGGAUGGCUGGAAGGAUGGCAGCUGUGAUUAACCCCCAGGGACUGCUCUGGGAACCCAGCAGGGCUCUUCAGUCCAUGGGGAGUCACUGCAGGAGUCAAGAACUCAGUUUGUGUGGGACUGAUUCAGAGCUGAACCAAUAAGGAGAAUUAAAAAUCCUAUCCCAAUGAUAUUUUGAUAAGUGGUACCGGUAAUGGUGCCAGGAACCUCUGAGGUUGGGUCACUGACAAACUCAUUUCAUGGUGACAUUUCCUGAUUUUGGGGGCAUUUGCUUAUUUUUGUGACUAGAAUUCAUUUUCCCUGAACCCAGUGGUAUUCUCUGCAGGCACUGCCUGAUCUUUUACAAAAUGCAUCUGAUUAAUUUUCAUUUUAAUUUCUGUUGUUCUGAUAGAGAAAACUCCUGCUGGGUUUUGUGCCAAGUCUGGAUUUCUCUUUCUAGGAUCUCCAACAUUUGUUGUUGCUCUUGCAUCCAAUUCCCUUGAUAAAAGUCCUGAGGGCAGGUACAUUUAUUUUAAACACUAAAAUCAUAGAGCCCAGGUUUCUCAGUUUGGUUUUGUGUUUCAAUUAUUAUGUCAGAGGACAAAGCAGAGUCAGAAUCAUUUCAGGUUCUUCACACAUUUUGUGAUCUCAUCCCUUCCUGCUCUCCUGGCUGGGAGAAGUUUGCACAAACCCUGACACCAGCAGGUUUUUUUUUCCCUUCCCUGUUUCCUGCUGAGGUUUUCUUGCAUGUUUUAUUGAGCUUCCUUAUGUCAUGCCCCACAGUACACCUGCAAAUUUACCCUUGGGGGAUUUUUUGCAGGUUUUGACUGGAAGUGUUCAUGAUGCUGUUGUAAUUAGAGCAAUGGCACUUCUUAUCUGAGACUUUAGUCCUCACACCACUCUGUGGGGCUCCUAAGUGGUUAAAGAACCAAUAACACCUUUGGAAACACAUUUUAAUAUUUUGUGGGACAGUCAAAGUCCUUUCAAGUCGGCUCUGUUAAAUGAAUAUCAGAUUUUUAUGAUGAUUUCUGAACCUUUUAUGUCAUAACAUUUCUGAACACAAACCCAAACGAGCUGAUAAUGAGGAGUGUGAUUGAAGGUGUCAUUCAGGCCAUAAAAGUGCUCAGAAAAUUUCCCUUAUCACCAUGUUGAGGUUCUUAGAACAAACAAAUCCCAGCUCUUGGGUUUUGGUCAUGAACUCAGCCCCCAAAACAAAACCCACUGGGAUCCUGUAGAGGGGAGAGGACCAGCAGAGGGGCUGCAGCCUCCCUUUGUGCAGGUAGGACCCGAGUGACUCAGUUCUGCCAGGACACUUUUAGCAGCUGGGGCUGUGGGCAGGCGUUUCCCUCUGGGUCUGGCUGUGCUAAAGCAGGAAUUUUGUGUUCUUCCAUUCCAAUCUGCCCUCCCUGUUCUCUGUGACAAUUCCCCCGCCCACGGAGCAGAUGAGAUUUCUCUGAUUUCUCCCUCGUUUGUCUCAGUGUGAAUGAGCAGGUUGGUGAAACAUCUGCCCCAUCCUUUGUCACCUUCAUCUGCCAGGGGACCAGGCUGGGGAGUGGCACUGCCCUGUGCCAGCCCUGGGAUGUGCUGGCCAGGGGCAGGGAGAGCAGGGACAGUCCCAGCUCUCCCUGAGUGCAGAGAGGGAGCUGAGGGUGUGCCCAACACAUUCUGGUCACUCUGUGCUUCAGGGAGCAGGAGGAAAAUCUGUCCUGGCAGAGCUUGGGAAGAGCCUCAAGCUCAGUCUGUGUCUUCAGCAAAUCCUCCCUGAAAAUGAGGCCUCCAGCUGUGGCCAGGAUGCUUUUAGGGCAGUUUCUGUCUUUGCCAAGUGGACAUUUAAUAAAAUCUGUGCUUGUCUCGUGUUUUUGGCUUGGCAGAAAACUCUGAUGUUGUUGUUUCUCAGGCAUAGCCUCACCUCAGUGGACCUGGCCAUGUGAGGAGAGGGGGAUUUGUUCUGCUGCUUAUUUGUACCACAAGUUUUAGUCUUGGGUAAGGAAUUUCCAUGGGAGGUCCUCAUACUCCUGUACAGAAAAUUGUGAAUUCCCUACUAACUGCACUUGAUUAAAUCUAGUUUUAAAAAUCUCUGUAUUCAAAUUGUAUUUUCUGUUGAUGUAAAAUUAAUAAAGCAACUGAAUUCA